GGGGAACCACUGGUCGGAGUCACUAGCUCGAGGGGCGACAGUUUGACACUUCUGACGUGCGGAAUGUCCGAUGUACACACGAAAAAAGCUCUGGAAGAAAUGUGGAUGUAAUUGGUCAGUUUUCAUCUUUUCUCAUCUCAUUUUGGAUACUAAUUUGCUAUUCGCUAAUACGGUUUCAUGUACCAAUCAAAACUAUAAACAAAACAAAACCGAGAAAAUCUUUUUGGCCUUGUGCCAUCCAGAAACUCUUAUGUGCAACGUAAAUACUGGACCGUACCCAUAAAUUAGAAUAUAAGAAAGGAUUAUCAUUUCUGCUGAUAAUUCUUGAGUAACCUAGGCAGGAUGAUCAAUUGUUUUGCUCACGUAUGUGUAUCGUAGUAUAAACAGUCUCAUACGCAAUUUCGAUAACUGCGUUUGAUAUAAAACAUAGAGUAUGGAAUAUUAACAUUAAUGAAAUUGUUAUGUUUCUUGAAAUUUUAAAGAUUGAAAAUUUGUGUAAUGAUAUGUACUUGUAUAUAGUGCUAAUGUAAACAAUGUUACUUGUGCUUCAACAUUUCUAUUAUAUAAAGACGUGUUAAAUAUAUAUUGAAGUUAAGGAGGUUUAUAAAAAUUUCAUUUAUAAAUAUGCAUACUCCAGGAGAUUUUAUUGUACAUGGAGGUGAUAGAGCAUUUGCAAACAGACAGAAACUUCUAUUUGAUAAGUUGUCAGAUGCAGAACAGAAAUGUCAUAAAAAUAAAAUUGCCUCUGAACUCACAGAUGAAAAUAUGGUUAUUGAUGAAAUAAGUGAUUCUCAAAUUAUAAGAUAUGGAAUAAAACAGCAUUAUGAAACAAGGCGAUUUCGUGGCAAAGAAAGUAUUUUUAAACGACCUGAAGGUCCUGCACCAAGGGCAGCUAAUAGAAGUAUACCAGAUUACCACAGGAAUCCUCAUAAAUGGAAGAAAUAUAGUUUAGAUGAUGUAUCUAAUGAUGACAUGACUGACCAAAGUAAUACAAGAGCUGCAUUAUCAUUUUUAAAAGAAUUGAGAGCAAGAAGAUUAACUGAACAAAGGAAAGAUGCAGAGAAAAUGGAUGUAACUGAAAAGGAACAAACUGAGAUAAUAUUUAAACCCAAGAAAAUAAAACCAACUUUGGAAAUUAAGUUCAAAAAACCAGGAAAUAAUGUUGGAAAAACGUUAAAUGAACCAAUAAUUGUUGAUCAUGAUGACAAGCCAGUAUUCAGAAGUAGUAAAAUUAUUAUGCCAGAAUAUGUUAUUGGACAAAAACAUAAGAAAAAAAUUAAGAAAGACAAACCAGUACAGAAAGUAGAUUGUUUGAAACAACUUAAAUUGGAUCACUUAGAAGAAUUGGAUGAAGAGCAAGAUUAAACUUAUUUAAUAUUGUUUUAAUAUACAUAUAACAUUUUUAAUAAAAUACAUAUGUACAUUA